CGAGUUGAGACUGAGUUUCUACCUCACGAACCCGUUAUUCCCCUUUCCUGACACUGUUCCGCAUGUUCGUUCAUCUUACUUCCUCCAAAUUAAUAGCCACGAUAGCAAAUACUAGGACUCUUCCUCAAUUGCUCCUAUGCGUGCGCCAUCAUUCAUCUACCAAAUUGUUCAUCGCAGGGCUUUCCUAUAACACGAAUGAAACUGUCCUAAGAGACACCUUCGAACAACAUGGGCAAAUCAUUGAAGUUAAAGUAAUAUGUAACCACAGGACUGGAGAGUCAAAAGGGUACGGAUUUGUGAGGUUCAAUUCUGAAACUGCAGCUGCCACAGCUCGCAAAGAAUUGCACGGCCAGAUAGUGGAUGGUAGACGUAUUCGAGUGGGUUAUGCACACAAAGGGUAACCACCAAGUAUUUCAAGCAAUUCACAAGACUCCAGCAGCUACAACAAAUUCAAACUCUAAUUUGAUACUCUGUUUCUGUAUUCUUAGCUUGUAAUCAACUAGCGGAAUUUUGAAUUAAUUUGUUUUGAUACUCACCAAAUGCUAGUUUACUAAUUAGCAUGUUUGGAAUGGUGUUUACAAUGGCUUUCUCGGGUUCCAAUAGUAAAUUAACGUGAAUAUAAAGAAGCUGCAAUUAGUAGCAUUCGGUAAACACACGUUUUUGGUU